UCUCAUCAAUCGCGAGUUUCACUUCGUACAGCGCUGGAUUGCGUCUUUUCGGUGGUGCGGAUAUUGUGGUUAAUUUUCGUAAUAAAUUCAUCAAUUUCAUCGUCGUACCCGAUUGCAAAUGGUGCAAAAGGCAGUGAGCUGUUGAUUGUAUCUCAUAGCCUUCGUUUUAAGUGAGUGACUGAGUGAAUAAAGCUUGAGUGCUUUUUUCCACGCGGGGGAAGCGGGAUUAUGUUGGGAAAAAGACACUCAUUGCAGUGGUGCCAAUAGUUAAAAUUUUACUGAUGUCCUUUCAAACUUCCGGCUUGUCCUGAUUAGAACUGGUUCCCAUCUGUGCUAUCAAUCACUGGACCUUGAGGCAGCUGUGCUUGUGUUAGUACUUUUGUCACUCGACAAGACAGCUACAAGCAGGAUUUUCUGCGAAAAAACCAGGCUUCCGGACGGACGGGCAAAUAAACGGACCAAGCGUACAUAAGCCACCGAUAGACGUGUGUUAGUGCAAUAGGUGGUGGCCCCGAAAGCAGUAGGAAUGGCCCAGCAACAAAAGCUGGCUCGACGGGACUACCAACAGCAACCGCUGGCCACCGAGGAAAAUAAUUCCAAGCUACUGACAGAAUCUACCGGAAUCGGCAAUUUCGGUGAAAAGCGCAAACACCAGGUACUGGACUUUGAGAGCGAUGAUGACGAUGAUUUUGCUGGAUUCGACGACGACGCUACCAGCAGCGAAAACGGAAUAUUAAGCCCUCCCAGAUCAUCAAAUUCAAAUGCAAAAAAACCAUCGCUUUCUGCAUCUCCAUGUGAAGAAAAUUCGUCCCAUUCAACUUUGGAUAAGCAGGAAGAUAUGGAGUCCACAGCGAGUUGUGGGCACACUGGGUUGGGACCGGUUCUAUUUGAUUUAAAUAAGGGAGCUCUAAUGGCGGCCUCAGUCAAGCGCAAAGUGGUUCCGCCCGUCAAUGCCCAAGAUGAAGCUUUCCGAAUUCCGUUCAAAUAUGGUUGGAAACGAGAACUGGUAUACCGCGCUAAUAUGGACGGCAACAGUAAAGACAAAGGAGAAGUUUACUACAUCACCCCUGCCGGUAAGAAGCUGCGCACGCGAAACGACAUUGUUAUGGCUCUACACGAUGGACUGACUAUGGACAAUUUUACAUUUAUAAAAGAUCCUGUUGGAGGUUCGCCGGACGAGGAGAUCAUUCGAAGUGCCAAAUCUUAUGGAAGCACCCCUAGACGUUCAACUAAUUCGUCUCAAGCGACGAUGCAAACUUCAGCCCCGUUAGAAAUACCGAUCGAAAACAAUAGCCUUGGUAAACGCAUUCCAAAACCGAAAAUGCCCAAAGGGGCGAGUCCACCCCAUGCUUCCUCAUACGGUCGGUCAUCUAUUGGGCAAGCCCGCACAUCUCCAUCUUGGCGCACCAAUACUCAAUCGUCUUUAAAAUCUACAGGUUCGGUGCCAGUUGGUCGAGUUCCAUCACAAGGAGGUGUAUCUGGAUUCAAACCUAACGAGAAUGCAUUUAGCGUAACGAAGCCGCCAAAAUUCAAAAACAAAGUCGACACAUGUACUAUCCAGUGCCUACCGGCAAUGGGAAUGAUUCCACAGUUGCAGUGCACCUCAUGUUUAUGUAUGUAUCAUCCGGAGUGCGUUGAAGUAACUACAGCAGAAGCUCUAGCUCGUCGAUUCACUUGCAAGAUCUGCCUGGAAGAACAAUCCGCUGUUCCGAAUGCUGACGGUUUCGCCUCUACACUGGGGAAAUUGGGCGGUAGCAUGGCUCAAUUGCAACCGUUAGCUACUCAUUCUAUGAACAACACAUCGGCGAUAGUGGACAAGCAAAAGAAACAAACGCCACCGCAGCCACCGCCCAAAAUAGGCCCAGGUACACCGAAAACAAAUAUCAAAGAACCUCCUCCACAGGAUGUCAUUGUCGUUGGAGGCCAUCAGUUCAUUGUUGUGCCGAAAGGCAAAGUUUCAACUAACAAGAAUAAAAAGCCAAUCAACAAACCCAAUCAGUCUCAACCACCACAUGUACAAUCGGCACAACCGGAAGUCACUCAACAACCACAACCAGCAGCUUCAACGGCUCAAACUGAACCCGCUAUGCUGGAAGAAUCACGAAAAUCUUUAACCAACUCAAGGGCGCUUAGUUCCAGUAGUCAACAGAUGCAAUCGGCAAGCAGUAAUGGUAAUAGUAGAAGUUUCAUUGCCGCAGAUUUGGCAGCUAUCAGAAGUGAAAGUGGAACAAAUGCCGGCUCUUUAACAAACAAUGCUGCUGGAAAUAAUGCUGGGCAGCGUUCUUUGUCCUCGGUUGUGGCUGGGCUUGAACAAAAUCGUCUAUUUGCAUCGAAUUUCUUUUCCAAUGUUUCAAUCGGCUAUGAUGUACUUCAGCAAACUUUCCAGUAUCUUAAAGUACAGGAGCUUCUGCGAGCUAGCUGCGUCUGUCGCAUGUGGAACCAGGUUGCUAACCACCCUAGGCUCUGGAGAACAGUACGAAUGAAGAACUCGCACGUCAACGAUUGGGCAGGAUUGGCCAGCACAUUACGCAACAACGGUACGAAACAUCUAGAUCUUCGGAAGAUGUUGAUCUCUGGCAAUAGCGAUGAAAUGUGGCAAAAUUUUAUCGACAACAUUGAACAGGUGGACCGUCUCGAGAGAAUCGAUUUAUGUCGGUGUUCUUCUACAAUAGUAGGAAGUCUGUUAAAGUCAAAUCCAUACCUGAAAGUAAUCAAUGCUUUGGCUAUCAAAAACGAUCCAAUUGAUUUUGCCAAUUUCGAACAUGGACAGCACUUGCAAGAACUAAGACUAAAAUCAUCAGCUCCAGUUUCAGUUGAUGGUGAUCUUGCCCAGCUGGGGCAUUUACAAAGUUUGCGUCAUUUAUCAUUGACAUCCAUUCUGAAAUUGGGAUCAACGUCGAUAGAAGCCUUGGGCAACCUGAAAAACCUAGAAUCGCUUGAACUAGGUGAAUGUACCGAAAUAGGUCAAAAUCUAGCCUCUACCAUGACUAGUUUAACCAAUUUACAACGUUUACGGUUGGAAAAAGGCCAAGAAAAUUUCAAUAUGUUCACCGUACUAGACGGUAUUUCGCAAUUGCCGAAAUUAACACAAUUAGAGCUUAUCAAUUGUGACGUUAAGGUGGGAUUCGAUAAACAAAUCCACAAAUGCCGUAACAUCAAAAAAUUGCUGUUGAUCCCAACGUAUGUUUCACAAUCAGCUGCUACAAACCAUAUGGUACUGAGCGGAGUAGCUAAACUUUGUGAUACACUAGAAACCUUUAUCUGGACAGUGACGGUUGAACUGCUUAGGGUCACUGAGUUGUACAUCGACCAAUGCGACACCAAAAAUCGGGAGGACAAAAAUAGUCCUGGUGAAAGUAUACCCAUUCUUAAGCCUGUGCCCGGGGCAGAGGACGCAUCGCCCACAAACAGUACAGUCUCAAGCGACACUCCUGCCCAGGUGGAAAUUGUACCUCUAACGACGGUUACUAAUAUCCUCGAUCGAUCUCUCCCGAAAACCAAGUUAAAAAUUCUGAAAAUACCUUUCGCCAGUACUUGGAAGCAAGGUAUGAUUUAACUACCUUAAUAGAACAGUGAAGUUUCUUCCCCCCUGUGAGAAGAAUAUCGACAAAUUAUGCAUAGCUUAGAAUAUAAAAAUCUAAGGCCAUCUUAUUUGUGGGUGAGACCAUUAAUUUCAUCAAAUUCAGGGCGAGGAAUUUGUGCUAAAGUAUCUUGUAAAUACACAGACCAUCGAUAAUCGUCGAAAUAUUAUUCAUUAAAUUGCGUGCCGGUUGCAAAUUUUAGGAAUAACGAUUCGCCACCUGUUUCAUCUACCAAUCAUCCAAACACUUAAAGUGUCACUUUUUAUCAUUACAUUCGACGCCGAUUGUUUAAACGUUACGGUAACAGCUUAUAAUUAGAUUUUAACUGUUUAUUAUGUACAGCCACAUUUGCUCUAAUAUAUACAUACAUUAAGGUAUAUGAUGUUUGUGCUUCUUCUCUCUCAUCACGCGCAAAUGUUUCCACUGUAGUUUAAAUGAUAAGCUCAUUUAGAAAAUAGAGAAAUCAAUUGAUAAUACAAUUAAAAGACCAUUUAGAA